AUGGCUCGUGAAGGCGCCCGAGAGCGUGAUAUGCAUAGGUAUUACAAGCCAUGGCUUGAGACUUUCAUUUCGGCCGACUUGAAGUUCGAUUUGAAGCCCACGCUGCACCUACCUCCAAACCAUGCCCCCGAGGAUUCGGUCCCGCGGUCCUCACGGGACAAGGCUCUGACUGCGUUUGCCCAACUGGGUUGUCUUCGGCUGCAGGCCAAAAGAGGAGUGGUCACUUUGUUCGAUAGCUCGAAGCAAUAUAUCAUCGCCGAGGCUACAAAAUCACUGUCUUUGAUGGAUGACUCCCAGCAUGAGCCGGGGGAUGCACUCUGGUUCGGAAACACAUAUAUAGCACGUGAGAAAGGGGUCUCGGCCGACGCAAUGUACCCCGACACUUAUACCGCCCAGGGCCCAGAUGGAGCUUCUCACAGUGCUCCGGCGUUGGUGGUGCCCGAUCUUUCCACGCAUGAAAAAUAUAAGUCUCGAGAGUAUGCCGGACGAGGCGUGUCAUUCUACUGUGGUGUUCCCAUUACCACCAAGCUGGGCCAUGUCAUUGGAGUAUACACUGUGACGGACGACAAGCCUCGCGCGGGACUGUUACCUGACCAGCUCCGUUUCAUGACCGACAUGGCCACUAUCGUGGUCCAACAUUUGGAAGUGGUCAAGAACGACCGGGCCAGAGCGCGAGGGGAGAGCCUAAUUCAAGGCAUUGGUACUUUCAUAGAGGGUGACAUUACAGAAGAAGUGUCUUUGAUCGACCCGGCAUUCCAAGCCCAUCCUCCUCCAUCGCUCGGGCAGGCCGCUGCUGCACACGACGCUGUAGGGUCUGAACCACCGACCUCGCCUGCAAAUGCCAAGCUCCCAGAGCCGAAUGGAAUGGCCAACGGGAGCAUAGGACUAGACGACGGUCACGGCGGCCCUCCUGAAGAUGAGCCUACAGCUCCGGGAGAUGACCACGACCUCAAAGACGAUGGCCUGUUGAACGAGCUCCAGAGACGAAAGGAUCUAGGGGUCGUACAAAAUGACACUAUCGGUCCAGAUCCACGACGACUACGCGCGCAGAGACGCUCCGCGGCGGUCAAAGAGAAGGCUCUUUCGGAUUCCCUGCACGUUUUCGAUCGUGCUGCCGCCAUACUUCGGGAGUGCUUGGGUGUCGACGGGGUGGCGUAUGUGAAUGCGAGCUCGGCCAACUUAAGCUCAGGGUCCAAUAUGAAGCAUGCCGGCUUGGCUGUGGCCAUGAUGCACCAUUCAAAAACCAAGGACAAGAGGGCCACUGACCGAGAGGCUCGGCAUAAAGCUCGCCAGAGCUCUCGGGAGUCGAGUGCAGAUGGUGGUCAGCGUGAAUCAGCGUCCCAUGAGUCCAGCGACUCGAACUCUUCCAGUAGCACCGCAAGAAGUGGUCCCGAGUCUUCCUCCAGCCGACCUAUGCGCCAGAGGUGUGAGGUGCUGGGGAUUUCGCCCGCCGAUUCCGAACGCGUCAUCAGGAUUCCAGAGCAGACGGUGCGUCGAUUCGUGCGCCGUAAUCCCCAGGGAAGAUGUUUCGCGUUUGACGAAUAUGGCAAGCCGGCGUCGAGUGACGAGACAUCCGAUUCCGCUUCUACCGUCCCUGAAGAGCUAACAGAGGCGGGACAACCUUCGAAGGGACCGCGACAUAUCCCGACCACAAAUGCUCUUCUGAGGGCAUUCCCUGGCGCCAGGAAGAUUGUCUUCUUACCCCUCUGGGAUUUUGCCAAGGGGCGCUGGCACUCUGGGAUGGUGAUUUGGUCGCACGAUGCGAACCGAAUGACCAAUAUCCAAGAUGACCUUUCUUAUCUGAAGGCGUUCAACAAUGCUGUCAUGAACGAGGUCAACCGGAUCAACCUUGCUCUGUCGGAUACCGCCAAAGCGACGUUUCUGGCCAACAUUUCCCACGAGCUUCGUUCGCCUUUGCAUGGUAUUUUGGGAAGCAUCGAAUUUCUUCAUGACACUCCCAUGGAUGACUUCCAGUCAAGUAUGGUCAUCUCCGUCGAGACCUGUGGGAAGACUUUACUGGAUACAGUGAACCAUGUUUUGGAUUACGCCAAAAUCAACAGCCUUUCCAAGGGUGGUUCGCUUCGCCCGGGCUCGCCGGGGACUCAGGGAAAUGCGCAACCCUCGAGCUCGGACAGCAGUCUGGUCGAAGACUUUGAUAUGGCUAUAGUGGUGGAAGAGGCUGUCGAAGCCGUCUACGCGGGGCAGGUGUUCCGCACGGCCAAUGCCGAUGGAUUGUCAGCAAGGGGACCGGGCGAGCAAACGGCUGCCGAUCGCGCGAUGCGGAGCCGGCAAGCGGCCAAAGAAAGCAUUAGUAAAGUUUCUGCCGCAAGCUCGAGCCGGGUGCGACUGACGCUGAACAUCGACAACUUCCCGAAUUGGAAAGUCAGGUCCCAGCCUGGUGCCAUCCGGCGCAUCGUCAUGAACGUCUUGGGAAAUGCAUUGAAGUACACGAGCAAGGGCAGUAUCAAUGUGGCAUUGGAACUGGACGAAUCCCGCAAGAAGAGUUCGUCGAAUCUGCACGUGCUUCUCAAAGUCACCGACACUGGAAGAGGCAUGUCGGGAGAGUUUAUGAAGAACCAUGCUUUCACGGCUUUUUCCCAGGAGGACUCGCUGGCCUCGGGUACGGGCCUUGGACUGAGCAUUGUCCGCCAAAUCGUUGAUUCGCUCAAGGGGAAGAUCGAUCUGUCCAGCGAAAAAGAUGUUGGCACCGAGAUCAGGAUAUGGUUGAGUCUCCCGAAAAGCCUCAAAGAGGAGACUGCCGAUUCGGAGACAAACGUCGUCACCCAGGUACGCGCGCUGACGAAAGGCCUCGACUUGUGCAUGCUGUUACCAGACUUCGUCAGGUCCGAUGACGAUGACGCACCUCGUACCCUCCGACCUCUGCCGACCGUGGAGGACUGCAUUCGAACGUGCAUGGAGCGGUGGUUUGGGAUGAAGGUUCGUUGUGCGCCGAACAUGGAGGGCGAUGCACCGAACUUCUUUGUCUACCCCGAACCACCUCCCAUUGACUACUUGAUGGACCGUCAUGGCCGGACCGCGUCGAGUCGAGAGAUUCCCGUCAUUGUUCUAUGUACCAACGCCUUCGAAGCUGCCAGUCUCAGAUCUCAUGGCAUCCACCGACUCACAGAUAUUGGCCGCAUUAUCGAGGUGAUCGCUCAGCCGUGCGGGCCACAAAAGCUGGCCAAAGUCCUGCAGCGAUGUAUGCGAAGGAUGAAGCUGCUUGGCGACAGUGAUUCGGCCGGCUCAAAGGGGCAGGUCUCUAUGUCCAUGGGACAUGGAGGUCCCGCGGACCUGGCUACCGUAUCCUCGGCCGACGCCGUCAAAACCCAGGGUUCAACUGAGGGGGAGCUGAGAGAGGGGGAGAAGGAGAUGGAGAAGAAGAGCAAGUCAAGUCGUGACACGGCCAGACCAAGAGAGCCACCUUUGACACCCGAUCAAUCUACAACUGACAGGGACUCGGAUUGGUCGGCUCGACCCGUCGACAAGAAGGAGAAGGCCAGAGUACUGGUGGUUGAUGACAAUCACAUCAAUUUACAUCUCCUGGUCACAUUUGUACGGAAAACCAACCAUCCUCACCAGUCGGCAACCGACGGCGAAAAGGCGUUGGAAGCCUACAGGAGAAGUGUCUUGGAGGAUGGCGGCCGACAUGCAUUCAAAUACAUCCUCAUGGACAUUUCCAUGCCGGUCAUGAACGGCAUUGUGGCGACCAGGGAGAUCCGCAAAUUCGAAAAGGAACAACGGGUCGAACGGCCGACCCAGAUCAUUGCCUUGACGGGGUUGGGCACUGAAAGCGCCCAGAAUGAAGCGUACCAGGCUGGAUUUGAUCAUUUCUUGAGCAAGCCAAUAAAAUUCAAGGAUCUGCAAAAGCUACUUCUGUGA